CUGAGCAGAGACUGUGUAGAAGCGAGCGAGCGACCGGCGGCGGAGCAAGGCAACGACAAGGGGAGUUCUGGCCGUGUCCCGUAUUUGGAACAAGCGAGACCAGACUGCAGCUUUUCCUCCUGACGCGACACCAGCGCCCGUGUAACCUUCAGGGAAGGAUCCGCUGCUUUAUUUUUUUUGACGGCUAACUUAUCGGGGCUGUGGGAGGACUCCUGAGCGAGCCGCGGUCUGGAGCCGGGGAGAAGCUCGAGAGACAUUUCUGGACGCCGAAUGGGAUUUAAAGAACAUAUCUGCCUGCGCCGAGUUGGGAGAACAAGCGGAUAAUUUUUUUUCUUUCUUUUCCACUUGGAUGAAAACCGCCACACAAUUCCAAACACCGUCCGAACUGUUUGGAUUGAGUUCAGCUUUGUUAACACGUCGCGGUAUCACAUGUCAACUCCUGGAAAAAAGGGGGCGACGAUGGCAUUUAUGAGCGGAGAAAAGUAGCGUUCACGUUAGCUCGCUGGCUAGCUAACCGUGCUAACCUAGCAGGCUGCUAACUAAGCCUGUGUCGCCCUUCCAUUCCUGGAGCAGAGGAGGGGCGCUGGGGCUUUGUAGCAUUGCAGACCUGCCUUUGCAACAAAAACAUUUUUGGGUUUGCUGCAGGAAUGGAGACCCCCAGGAAUCUACCACAACAACUCGGGGGGAUCUGCUGAACCCGACCCCACUCGAUUGUUUCCCCGCAAGGAGAAGGACAGGAAAGUUCAGGCUAAACGCUGGGGUUUGAUCAGCAUUAGCCGCCCCGGGGCAGCCGGGGUCUCUGAGUCGCGACCACUUCUUUUCUUAUGUACUGUGUUGGGGUUAGGUCUUGUGAAAUGGGGAAGUCCUGCACGUCUUAUACGCCUCCUAGAUGCUGGAUCUCGGAAGGGAGAUCAUGAAUAGGUCGGUGUUACCUUGGAAUUAGCCCUCGGCUUGCCCUCUACUCAAAACACUAUUAUUUUUCAAGACGUAUUCAAGGUGAGGGAAAACUUCUCUUCGCGGGCCCCUCUGCGCUAACUUACAGGCCCGGGAGGUGCUUGUUAACCCGGACUCUCCCAGCUUCUCCACCAUCAUUACUUCAAACCCCACCAAGCCGGAAUAAUGUCGGGAGAGGUGCGUUUGAAGAAGCUGGAGAAGCUGAUCCUGGACGGGCCACCUCAGUCCAAUGGCCAGUGUCUGAGUGUGGAGACCCUGCUGGAUAUCCUGGUGUGCCUCUACGAUGAGUGCAACAACUCCCCACUCAGGAGAGAGAAGAAUAUCCUGGAGUUUUUGGACUGGGCCAAACCCUUCACAUCCAAAGUGAAGCAGAUGCGCCUCCACAAAGAAGACUUUGAAAUCCUAAAGGUGAUUGGACGAGGAGCCUUCGGAGAGGUUGCAGUCGUAAAAGUGAAAAACACUGACAAGGUAUUCGCCAUGAAGAUUCUCAACAAGUGGGAGAUGCUGAAGCGAGCUGAGACGGCGUGUUUCCGGGAGGAGCGUGAUGUGUUGGUAAACGGAGACUGCCAGUGGAUCACCACCCUGCACUAUGCCUUCCAGGAUGACAAUAAUUUGUAUCUGGUCAUGGACUACUAUGUGGGUGGUGACCUGUUGACUCUGCUCAGUAAGUUCGAGGACCGACUGCCGGAGGAGAUGGCCAAGUUCUACCUGGCGGAGAUGGUGCUCGCCAUUGACUCAGUUCACCAGCUUCACUACGUCCACAGGGACAUUAAGCCAGACAACAUUCUUCUGGAUAUGAAUGGCCACAUCCGCCUGGCAGACUUUGGCUCCUGCCUCAAACUCAUGGAGGACGGGACGGUCCAGUCCUCCGUGGCGGUGGGGACUCCAGACUACAUCUCCCCAGAAAUCCUCCAGGCCAUGGAGGACGGGAAAGGCAAGUACGGUCCCGAGUGCGACUGGUGGUCCCUUGGCGUCUGCAUGUAUGAAAUGUUGUACGGCGAGACCCCUUUCUAUGCAGAGUCCCUGGUGGAAACCUACGGGAAGAUCAUGAACCACAAGGAGCGAUUUCAGUUCCCACAGCAGAUAUCAGAUGUGUCAGAGGACGCAAAGGAUCUGGUUCGCAGGCUCAUUUGCAGUCGAGAGCACCGAUUGGGUCAGAAUGGCAUUGAGGACUUCAAGCAUCACCCCUUCUUCACUGGCAUCGACUGGGAAAACAUCCGCACAUGUGAGGCCCCAUAUAUCCCAGAAGUCAGCAGUCCCACAGAUACCUCCAAUUUUGACGUGGAUGACGACUGUCUAAAGAACUCGGAGACCAUGCCCCCUCCCUCUCACACUGCCUUCUCUGGCCACCACCUGCCCUUUGUGGGCUUCACUUACACAAGUAAAUGUACCCUAUCUGACCGAGGUUGCCUACGGCAACUGGCAGUGGAGCCAGGUAGAGCAGGUCAGGAUCAGUUGGACACGGAUGUCAAGCGCGGUCUGGAAGACAGCCUGGCCACCGAGGCCUAUGAGAGGAGAAUCCGUCGGCUGGAGCAAGAGAAAGUAGAGCUGUGCCGCAAACUGCAAGAGUCGACUCAGACGGUGCAGGCACUGCAGCAUCCAACAGGCGAAGGCCCCCCCAGCGCCAACAAGGAGGUGGAGAUCAGGAGUCUGAAGAGCGAGAUCGACAUCCUCAAGAAGCAGAUCGCUGACUCGGGACAACUGGAGAAGCAGCUGGAGGAUGUGUCGUCGGCUCGCAGAGACCUGGAGGACUCAUCUAAAUACAUUAAAACCCUGGAGAAACAGAUGAGGAGCAUUACACAGGAGAGAGAUGAUAUGCACAAGGACCUUACGGAAGCAACUGAGAAGAUGAAGGGUCAGUCGAAGGAUCUGAAGGAAGCUCACAGUCAGAGAAAACUGGCCAUGCAGGAAUUUUCAGAGCUCAAUGAGAGACUAACAGACCUCAGGUCGGCGAAGCAGCGUCUGGUUCGCCAGGUGCGCGAUAAGGAGGAGGAGAUGGAGAGCCACAGUCAAAAGGUGGAGGCUCUCCGCCUUGAGGUGCGAAAGGCCGAGAGGGCCAAGAAGGAGAUGGAGGCGCAGGCGGAGGAGCAGUCAGUAGAGGCUCAGAAAGAGAGGAAGCUGAGAGAGAGGAAUGAGCAGUACAGCCGACAGCUGGAGGAGGAGCUCGAAGGGCUUAAGUUGAAGCAGUCCGGUCCCCCUGCCACUCCGGGUUCAGCUGAUCAGUCCCAGGAGGUAGGACGCCUGCGGGGAGACUUGGAGAAGAAGACAGUCCUGUACGAGGAGGAGUUGACUCGUAGGGAGACGCAGCACGGCAGCGAGCUGAAGACCCUGCGUAAGGAGCUAAGGGAUGCUGAGAGCCAGCAUCUCGCUCUGCAGAAAGAAAUCCUGAUGCUCAAAGACAAGCUGGAUAAGACUCGUCGAGAGAGCCAAAGCGAACGGGAAGAGUUUGAGGCCGAGAACAAGCAGAAGUAUGAGAGGGAUAGAAUCCUGCUCUCUGAGGAAAACAAGAAGUUGUCCAGUGAAUUGGAUAAGCUGACGAGCAUGUUUGAGAAGGUGACCGGCUCCAACCGACAGCUGGAGGAUGAGAUGAGGGAGCUGGCUGACAAAAAGGAGAGCGUUGCCCACUGGGAGGCUCAAAUCACAGAAAUCAUCCAAUGGGUGAGUGAUGAGAAGGAUGCUCGGGGAUACCUGCAGGCUCUGGCCACUAAGAUGACAGAAGAGCUGGAGGGACUGAGAAACACCAGCCUGGGAGCCAGAGCCACGGACAUGCCAUGGAAGAUGCGGCGCUUCGCCAAGCUGGACAUGUCGGCCCGUCUGGAGCUGCAGUCGGCCUUGGAUGCUGAGAUCAGGGCCAAGCAGGGCAUCCAGGAUGAACUGAACAAAGUCAAGGCCAACAACAUGUCCUCAGAAUGUAAACUGCAGGAGGUGGAAAGUAAAAACCAGGAACUCCUGGCUGAGAUCGACCGGCUGAAAAAGGAGACAGAGGAGCUUCGGCUACGAAGGGGUGUCAAGCACCAGGAUUCCCAGAAUUCCUUCUUGGCUUUUCUCAAUGCCCCCACCUCAGCUCUAGACCAAUUUGAUCGCUCGCCAUCCGUUGGCCCAACUAGCAAAGGCAGACGUGUGGACUCCAUGGAUAACUUUACCCCCUCCAACACUCCAUCCCGGGAAGAUGACCCCAAGUCCCACCUCAAGUCCCGCUCACGUUCACCCUCAAUGGCUAGUGAUAUGGAGCCCAUAGAGUUAAUAGACCAUCCUCCUCGUACAGUCCAGACGCCCACCAUGCGGUCAGGAGGGUACGGCAGUAUUGGACGCUCCUCACCUAAGCCCAAAGCACAUCAGUUUGUGGUGAAGUCAUUCAGCACGCCCACUAAGUGUAACCAGUGCACUUCCCUCAUGGUGGGGCUCAUACGUCAGGGUUGUACCUGUGAAGUGUGUAACUUCUCCUGCCAUGUAACAUGUGCGGACAAGGCUCCGGCUGUGUGUCCCGUGCCCCAGGACCAGACCAAGGGCCCGCUGGGUAUUGACCCUCAGAAGGGCAUCGGGACUGCGUACGAAGGGCAUGUCAGGGUUCCCAAGCCCACCGGGGUGAAGAAGGGUUGGCAGAGGGCAAUGGCUGUGGUGUGCGACUUCAAACUUUUUCUCUACGAACUUGGAGAAGGAAAAGCAACACUACCAAGUGUAGUCGUCAGCCAAGUCAUAGAUAUGAGGGAUGAAGAGUUUUCAGUCAGUUCUGUCCUGGCCUCUGACGUCAUCCACGCCAGCCGCAAAGACAUUCCCUGUAUAUUCAGAGUGACGGCGUCCCAACUCUCCCCCUCCAGCAGCCACAAGCCCUCCAUCUUAAUCCUGGCAGACAGCGACCAGGAGAGGAACAAAUGGGUGGGUCUCCUCAACGAGCUCCACCGCAUCCUCAAGAAGAACAAGCUCAAGGAGCGCUUCGUCUACAUCCCCAAGGAGGCUUACGACAGCACGCUGCCGCUCAUCAAGACAACACAAUCUGCUGCUAUCAUAGAUCACGAGCGUGUCGCCCUGGGCAAUGAGGAAGGCCUUUUUGUCAUCCAUGUCACCAAAGAUGAAAUAAUCCGGGUGGGAGACAAUAAGAAAGUGCACCAUAUCGACCUGAUCGCCCAGGAGCAGUUGCUGGCCGUCAUCUCCGGCAGGAACCGCCAUGUGCGGCUCUUCCCCACACAAGCCCUGGAUGGCCGUGAGAUCGACUCGUACAAGCUGGCCGAGACGAAAGGCUGCCAGACCAUCGUCUCCGGCCCUGUCCGCAACGGCUCGCUCACCUGCCUCUGUGUGGCCAUGAAGAGACAGAUCAUCUGCUACGAGGUGAAUAAGAGUAAAAGUCGUCACCGUCGGUUGCGAGAGGUGCAGGCCCCGGGGCCCAUUCAGUGGAUAGGUCUUCUCAACGAGCGUCUCUAUGUGGGCUACACGUCUGGCUUCACCCGCUACAGUGUUCAUGGUGACAUUUCCCCGGUCAACCUUCUCCAUCACGAGGACCACACCCUGGCCUUCAUCCCGCAGCAGGGCCUGGAAGCUCUGUGUGCUGUGGAGAUCUCCAGCAAAGAGCUGCUGCUGUGCUUCAGUUCCAUUGGCGUCUAUGUGGACUCCCAGGGCCGCAGGUCGCGUCAGCAGGAGCUGAUGUGGCCGGCUGUGCCAAACUCCGCCUGCUACAAUGCCCCCUACCUGUCAGUGUACAGUGAGAACGCUGUGGAUGUGUUUGACGUCAACACCAUGGAGUGGAUUCAGACCAUCCCUCUCAAGAAGGUGCGGCCUCUGAACAUUGACGGCUCCCUGAACCUGCUGGGGCUGGAGACAGUCAGGCUCAUCUACUUUAGAAACAAGACGGCCGAGGGAGAUGAGCUGGUCGUCCCGGAGACAUCAGACAACAGCAGGAAGCAGAUGGUGCGCAGCAUAAACAACAAGAGGCGCUUCUCCUUCAGGGUUCCUGAGGAGGAGCGACUCCAGCAGAGGAGGGAGAUGCUUCGAGACCCCGAGAUGAGGAACAAGCUGAUCUCCAACCCCACCAACUUCAACCACGUGGCCCACAUGGGACCAGGAGACGGGAUCCAGAUCCUUAAAGACCUGCCCAUGAACGUUCGUGUUCAGGAGAACCGUGCGGGUUUCAGUGGUUCGGUCAGUAUCCCCUCCAUCACCAAGAACCGUGCCGAGCCAGGCCGCUCCAUGAGCGCCAGCAGUGGACUGGGCAUCCGCUCAUCCUCUCAGAACGGCAGCGCUCUGCGUAGAGAACUGUCAGGAGGAAGCUACGGCUCCAAACGUCAGACCAUGACGUCUCCCUCGGAGAGCUCCCUGUCCUCUGGUGGAGGAAUGGACUGCGGUGACGCUCCACUCUCACAGUUUGACAGAGAGUGGCAGGCGGUCUCACCGUCGGAGAAGACCCCCGAUCUGAAAAGGGCUUUAAGGACCCUGCUUAGUAAGAUGAAGGACUCGGACUCCCCCCGUCACUCCACGGCCUCCAACAGCUCCACCUUCAGCAGCCCCCCCAGCCCGGCCUCCCCACACAAGACCAAGUCCCUGUCCCUGGAGAGCACAGACCGGAUGGGAUGGGACACAUGAGCCCCCCCCUGCAGCCUGUCGCCUGCCCAUUCCCCCCCCCACCACCAUCCAACUGACCGGCCCACAGCACAGGACUCCAGACCCUCCUCCUCCUCUUCUUCCUUCUCUACUUCCUCCACCGCAGCCUCUCACCUCCUCUCAGAACUCCCCCCCUCACUGCCCAGAGAACUGCAGCUCCCACCCCCCCCCCUCCUCAUGAACAUUUGUCCCACUUUACGACCUCAGUAUGUCUCUCCCCCCCGACGCCGAGCAGAAACACUGAGACUGACGGAGGACUCAUCUGCAAACAGUGGUAGUGUACAUGUGGGUGCUGAUGUUUGAAGGUGUGUGUGUGUGUGUGUUUGAGAGAAGCUGUAUUGCGUUUGCCAGCGUGUGCGUGUGCAUGUGUUUAUUCAGAAAGGGCACAUGAUAUAGGAAAGAAAAGCUCUGCUCACAGCCCCUGUUCACAUUCAGACAACAACGAUGCAACGAAAACAAAACCCUCAGAGGAGGAUCACUGUCGAGAGAACAUGAUUUGUACUUGUACAUAGGACCCUUUGGGUUUUAAGGGGACGAUAUUUUAAUUUAUUUAUCAAUCUUAGACAAGGAAAGGGAGGUUUGCUUCUUUCUGGCCUGAAGCAGACGGGCGGAGUUUAAACCCCUCCUCACAUCCCCUCAGUCGCUUUCUCUUUGGGUGCUGCAAAAAUCCAAAAGGUUCAAAAAAGAGAGCGAGAAAGAGAAAGAAAGGAUAUCAAUGAUUUUUCUUUUUUGUUCUUCUUUAUUUUGCUCAUGAAUACUAAGUGCAGUGACUUUAUAAUAUUUUUUAUUUUGACCAUCAGUAAAAAGCUACGUGCUCAUGUGACAUCAUCACGCCUCCCACUGUGCUCCUCCUCCUCCGCACCGGUCCAGCGGGAGCGACGCCAUCCAGCCGCCCCUGGACGUGUCCUCGCCAGCGUAGCAUAGAUGUUUCCACUUUGCUGUAAAACCAAACUGACCAACUCACAGGCUCCAUCACAAUAAUGUACAUAGGUUUCAAAGUAGAGAGUAAUAUAUGAUAAUGUAGAAAACUACACGGGAAAGGAAAAAAAAUCCCCUUUUGACUUUUCUUUGUUUUCUUUUUUGAGUGAUUUGAGGUUGUAUUCACACACAAAAGCCAUUUUAAACAACUUUCCAGUUUUCUUUUUUUAACUUUUGAUUUUAGAUUUGUUGUUUUUUUAUCGUAUGUAUGACACGCGUUGUGUGUGUUGUUUUUUUUUUCCCCACUCAGUUUGCAUUUGAGUGAAGAUAAAGCGAUGUAUGGAUCGACACUACUGCCCGUACUGUAGAGUGAACACGAGCAUUUAUCACAUGUUAUCUACGCACUGAGGUGGUGUUUUCACGCAGCCGAGGCCUUGUCCUGCUCCUCCUCUGGCUGUCGGAGGGGAAGCGGCUCUGAUCAGUUAAUCGACGGUGUGUAAUGAGUGUGUAUUUCAAAAAUUCACUGUGGUACCCAGAAGGAGACGGUCAGUGCUUCUGUUCAGAUAUCAGCUCCAUUUUUACCAAAAAAAAAACACUAAAAAAGGACAAAAAGAAGGGAGAGACACUUGGUGACAGGAUUUUUCUCACAGCUUCUUCUGAAGAAUGUUUCCAUGAUCUAAAAGCUACAUGUUGAUUUCAAAAUUUAAGAAAACGCUAAAAUAAGAAUGUAGAACGACACUUCGUCUGCACCUGGAUCUCUGUGAGUCCAGAUACAAUAACCUUAGUGCUCCCUGUUGUUGUGUAGAAUGAACAGGGCUGCACCUCUGAACCUCCCUCCAGGCAGGUUCUCCUCUGGCAGAAUGAAAAAGGCCUUUUGAAAGAGCGUUUCGAUCGGAGUGGCGGCUCCCGGCUGCAGAGCGGAGGAGCAUUCACAGCCCAAAAACCUGUUACCUCUGCUCAAUCCCCUUCACUUCACAGACACUGAAAAAAGAAAAGCAUCUCACUGGAGGAAACGCUCGCAGGGCCCAAUGUGAAACCUGUCCACCAACUGCGAUGUGGUUUUAAUGUGGUAUUAUGUGUAAAAGAAGAAAGCUCUCACUGUGCUGUGACAGUGCCGAGGCCCCUUUUGUCUCAGCCGCUCUCUUCAGGAGCCGCUGAAUGCUUUUACAGUGAAGCGUCCCGGGUCGGAAUCCUCCGGUUUUAUUACGCUUGUCUCGUUUGUCAGAAAGGGAAACAAAAACUUUUAAGUACUUCGGUGCACAUUCCUGCCGAUCCUGCCCGGUUGAAACACCACAAAGUAGUUCCAAACGACCCAUUCCAAGUGUUUUAUUAAGCGAGGGACGUGUGGAGCGCCCGAGUGCGACUAAGCUGGUUUUCAUUCCGAACAAACCACCUCCUCGGAGACUUUUUUUUUUUUUUAAGCUAGAGACUCUCCUCAGUUCCUGCUGGAGUUUGUGCGUAGAAUGUAUUCGCUGGGCGAGAGGAAACGGUUUUAUUAUCGGCCAAUAUUGUACAGAGAAGCUGAUCCCAGAUUUCCCAGUGUAGAGAGGGGGGGGGGAAGAGAAACUCAGGAAAUGUCAGAACCAAUGAAUUAUUUUCAUUUAGAUGAGAGAAUGAGCGUGUUAGAGGAUCGACGGAUGGAUGAAGGAGUGAGUGAGGGAAUCUGGCUGUAAUGUACAGUAGAUAGGACCCAGGUGGAGACAGCAGGAAGAGAGAGAGAGUUGAAAAGUUUCAGGGUGAAGGGCGACGGGCGGUUUGAUGGCGGACGUGCCACAGUCGUAACGUUUAAGAGGAAGAAAAUCUUCAAAAUAAAAUAAAAAAUCAAACGCCUUUGCAUUUCAGUGAGGUCUUAUCCACAGUACCUUCUAUAUUAUUUUUGCUCUUUCAUAUCAUAUUACACUUUGUUUUUUUUUCUAGGAUUGCUUUGUAAUAAUUUGUACAGUUUUGCAUGUUAUAGAUGUAAUCAUUUUUGUUUUUCGGUUUGUUGUUUUACUUGGACUUGCUCCUUUUUGAACAGUUUGGGCGUUUUACUGAGGAUAACCCACUACAGGUGAUGUAGAUUCUUUUUUGCACAAAAAAAAAUAUUUAAGGUGUAAGGUCAAAACAAAAAAUAAUGUAUGGAACUGGCUGCCACACUUAUGUGGACAACUCAUUAUAUUAACCUGACUCCGAUGUAUUUCAAUAAAGCGGAGGGCUGUUACAAAUACAACAGGAAA